AUGACUGCCGACUACACGCUGGACGAGAUCCGCCGCUUGGCCGACACGAACCCGGAGAAGCUCGCGCAGGAGUACCAGGCGUCGCGCGCUGCCACUGCGAACCUGGUGGACCGUGCGCGGGCCGGCAUUGCUGCACGUGCGGCCAACCCGCCUACGAACAAGUUCCAAGCGUGGGCGCAAGGCUACGGCAACCGCUUCAUCUACAGCGGCAGCUUCAAGCCCGUCAUGCACAUGAUGCUGAUCGUGGGCGGUGCUGGCUGUGCCGUGGAGUACUGGUGCCACCACCGACACGCGUUUGCGGACAAGAAGGAGGGCGAGCACCACUAA